AUGGAUAUUUCAAAUAACCAAAGUUCUGGAAAUGACAACAUGACUCCUAAUACUGGAUCUUCAAAUCCUCUUACCGAAACCUCCACACCCACAUCCUCAUUACGUGCCAAAACUGAUCCAGCAUGGGCACAUAUUGCGUACAAAAAAGAAGGAACACAAAAUAUAUAUACAUGUCUUUUUUGUACUAUUAGUUAUAGAGGAGGUGGGAUAAAUAGGAUGAAGCAACAUCUUGUUGGCACUGUUGAUCAAAUAGCUGCUUGUAAAAAAGUUCCACAUGAUGUUCGUUAUAGAAUGGCAGAGUCUUUAAAAGAAGGGUCAAAGAAGAAAACUAUUGAAAACAUAGAAGAGGAAGUCGAAGAAACUCAUGUUGAAUCACCAAAUGUCACAGGUAGUGUGAGGAAGAGGAAAGCUUCUGGGAGCAUAGACAAUUUUUUUGCUCCUAGAACAACUCCUGAUUCCCAACCUGGCAUUAAGAGUGCAUUAGCAACUAAAGAAGCAAAGCAUAAUGUGAAAAUGUUGAUUGCUGAAUGGGCUAUUGUAAACUGCAUUCCGUUUAAGGCGUUUGAUUGUCCUUUAUUUCAAAAAGCUGUGGAUGGCAUUGCUUCAAUAGGGCCUAGGUUUAAAGCUCCUAGUGCUUAUGAUUUUAAAACCAACUUGUUGAGUGACUGGAGAAAAGAAUGUCAGUUACUUAUUGAUAGCCAUCGAGCUAAAUGGAAAAACAAUGGUUGCACACUCAUGGCUGAUGGAUGGACUGAUGUUAGACAGCGUAUUUUGAUAAACUUCUUAGUGUAUUCUACACAUGGUAUGGUAUUUGUGAAGUCUGUUGAUGCAUCAAAUCUAGUUAAAGAUGCCAAAACUCUAUUCACACUAUUUUGUGAAGUCAUUGAGUGGAUUGGUCCUAAAAAUAUUGUUCAUGUGGUGACUGACAAUGCAGCUAACUAUGUAGCAUGUGGUAGAUUGAUUAAAGAGAAGUAUAAAAGUAUUUAUUAG